UACGUACAUUGUAGCUCAAAAGCAAAAAGAAGCGGUUUUGUUGUUUGUAUCUACAGUUAAAGAGUGAAAAAGUGCAUGAAAAUAGUGUAAAUAACUGUUAAAGUGCAUGCAUAAAGCCUGAUAAGCAAUUGACGACAUCAAUUGGUGUCAGCAAAUUAGUGCAAGCUUUUAAUAAAAAAGGCAAGCAAACAACACAAAUGCAACGCAAAAUAUUGAGCCGAAGACGAUGGAUGAUGAACGAGCUCAGUACAACAGUUACAAUAAGAGUUGCGCACAAAUAGCAAUUAGCAUAUAAACAAAAAAGGAAAAAAAAAGCAAUACCAGUGAACAAAAACACACAAAAACAACAUAAACAUACGCUCUAAACAAAGCACAAAAAAAACACAACACAACACAUUAAAGUCACAGUUCAAAUCUAUAAACAUUAGUGUACUAAAGUAUAAAAAAAAGAGAAAGAAAAUAUCAACAUGUUUAAUUUUCAUAAGCCACGCGUCUAUCGCUCGGCGGACGGCUGCUGCAUUUGCCGUGCAAAGUCAAGCAGCUCCAGAUUCACGGCUUCGCGCAAAUAUGAAAAGGAGUCCAUGCUAUGUUUCAAUCUGCACGAGCCGCGUAACGGUGAAAUUUGCAAUGCCUGCGUGCUGCUCGUGAAGCGCUAUAAGCGUUUGCCCGCUGGCAGCAAACGUCAUUGGGGUCACGUAGUGGAUGCACGCGCUGGUCCCGGCACCAAGUCGCUGGCCAAGCAAAAGAAGCGUGAGCAUGAUAAUGAAACCAAAGGCAAUGGCAACGCCAGUUUUAUACCAGAAAAGUUUGCCAAAAUCUUUAAAAAGAAUCGCAAGGGCAAAAUACUUGCGGCCACAGCACCAGCCCCACUGAUUACGGCGGACACACCAACGUCGACAUCGCCGCAUUCAGAGGAGCAGCCCAGCGAUUCGAAUGAAAGCUAUGAUGAUGAGCAACAGCAGCAGCAGCAGCAGCAGGGAUUGGGCGGCAGUACAGCCGCUAUUCCAUAUCAGACACGCAAACGCACAGCGGCUGCAGCACUUGCCACAACAGCAACAACAACAACAACAGCUGCUGGUGUAGCAACAGCUGGUGGCAAGAGGAUUGCGUCGCAGCAACGUUCAAGGCUGACAGGCAGCAAGCGACGACGCAUGCUGGAGCCCAGGAAGCAUCGACGUGCCGUUGAUAAUGUGCCGUUCUUUGAGGAGCACGAUUUGUUGCGUCUGGAUGUUUGUUGUGGCAUUGUCUAUCAAAGUCUGAGCUUGGGCAGCAGUUGCUACAUCAUUGAUACCGAGUCGUAUAAGCCUUGUGAGAAGCAUCGUUAUCGAAGGCAACAAGCUCAAGAACAACAGCAGCAGCAACAGCAUCAACCUAUAUCGCAAGCAGCGCAGUCAGCAGUAGAGUUGGAUAUGAAGCCAGUUAGUCAGAUAGGCAGCACGCCAGCCUUGAAGAAGCAUCAUUUGUAUUUUAAGCGACAAUCGGAGUCAUUUCCACAGGGUGACAUACAUAGAAUAAGUCCAAUUCCAUUGAAUAAGACUGAGGCAAUGCCAGUAACAACGCCAACGCCAGCACAAGCACAACAGCAACAACAACAACAACAUUCCAACUUGUCUCUUACACUAAAGCCCACUGUAAAUUCUUCGACUGCCGCAGUCGUUGGAACUGCGCCCGUUGCGCCCUCAACUUCGGCAAUAGGAGCAGCAGUCAAUAGCAUAACACGCACCGCUGUGGGCGCUGCCUCGCCCUCCUCGCUAUCCUCAUCCUCGAAUUGCUCAACUUCAUCAUCGGUGGCGACCAAAUUUAAUGACAACUCCUCAGAUUCGGGCUUUGAUGAGCAUGUAUUAGAGCGAAAAUCUGUUAGUCCGCCCACGCAGGAUGAACUGCACAUGGAUAAAAAGUUACGCGCUGGCAACAUGCAACGUUUGAUUCUGGCCAGCGGUUUGCCCAUAAGUGGUCAACCACAAAAUCUGGUGCUAACGGGUAAUGAGUUUACCGCACGCUUUGUCCAACGUCAGCAGCAGGCGCAAACUCAAGCGCAGCCGCUUAAAAUUAAUGUGUUAACAACAGCAGCAGCAACACCAGCAGCAGCAGCAGCAGCAACAGUUAUUGGUGCUGCAUCACCAACUGGAUCUCAAAGCAGUGGCAAUAAAAUGCGUGCAAUAUUUAAUAACGCCAAUACCAUACAACAUGAGAAUGGUGUGACCACCAUACUGCCAGCAUCCUCAAUAGCGGCAAGCAAUCAGACAGCAGCGAUGAAUGCCAUUGCGCCUAGCACGGUGACCAUAACGCCAGCAAAAAAGGCAGCCACUGGUCACAUCAAUGUGACAAAUCCCAAAUUUAUAUUGCUCAAGCCAACAAUUGCCACCAAAUGUGGCGGCAGCAACAAUAAGAACAACAACCAAAUCAACAACAACAACAACAGCAGCGCAGCCGCAGCUGAGCUCAAAAUUAUUUAGGCAGCAGGCUGUGCCCCCCAAUUCCCCUUCCCCCAAAACAAUCAAACAAAUACACACACAUAUAUAACAUUAUGUUAGCCAUGUUAGCUGGCUGUUAACUUGUUGAUUUACAUGCAUAUUUGUAGCAACUAUUUAUUGUAAGACAUAAGAGUAAAAAGAGUAAGCAGACGCAAUAUAUUUUGUGCUAUUUACUGCCGCAUUUUUUGUACAUAUAUAUACAAUUUAAGUAUAUAAUAUACACAUACAUAUUAGUAUUUUUUAAAAAAUCUGCAGAAUGCUUAGAAUUUUAAAGAAAACAUUUCAC